GUAAUACAAGCAGACAAACAUAUUUUUAGGAGAGGGGAGUUGUGUAUUAUUGCGGUACGAUAACUGCGGCGGUGCGGGGAUAUAAUGCAGGCAGCGCACUGUUGCAACCCGAGUCUUGCAAGACGUCAUGGCGCUCCUUGCACUCCUCAGCCUGGUGGUGGUGGUGUUGAGUGGAGGGGCGAGGAGCCAGGUGGUGGUCGGCUACGACAACCCCGCUUGUGAUGGCAAGACCGUCAUCAUCGAGAUCUUUGAGUGGAAAUGGACGGACGUCGCCCUGGAGUGUGAGCGCUUCCUGGCCCAGGCCGGCUACUGCGGCGUACAGAUCUCGCCUCCCAACGAGCACGCUGUCAUCACGGCCGACUACCCAUACCCCUGGUGGCAGCGAUACCAACCCAUCUCGUACAAGCUGGUCUCUCGCUCUGGCAACGAGGAAGAGUUCAUUGACAUGGUACACCGCUGCAACGCUGUGGGUGUCAGGAUCUUCGCGGACGCUGUGGUAAACCAUAUGGCAGGUCUGGGCCGGGAGGGAGUCGGGUCUGGCGGGACGCCGUUUAACUCCGACAACCUCGACUUCCCCGGCGUCCCCUACACCGCUGACGACUUCACGCCCAGGGAACUCUGCAAUUCUUUCGACGGUAACGUGAAUAACUAUGGCGACCCCUACAACGUGCGGAACUGCUACCUGGUGGGACUAACUGACCUGUACGGCGCCACUGACUACGUCAGGCAGAGCGUCGCAGGCUACUUCAACAAGCUGGUUGACAUCGGUGUGGCUGGCUUCAGAGUCGACGCUGCAAAACACAUGUGGCCGGAGGACCUGCAGGCGAUGAUGGACCUCACCCACGAUCUCAACACCGACCAGGGCUUCCCGGCCAAUACUCGACCCUUCUUUAUGCUCGAAGUCAUCGACAGAAACGACGGUGCAGUUACUGUGCAGGAGUACUAUGGCAUGGGUCGCGUGACGGAGUUCCGCUACAACCAGAAGAUUGCUUGGGGCAUUCAGAACUUUGAUCAGCUGAAUGGUGUGUACGACCCUGGCUGGGGCAUGGCUGACCCCGGCAACGCUCUCGUCUUUGUUGACAACCACGAUAACCAGAGAGGCCAUGGUGGUGCUGGAGACACUCUGACCUUCAAGUGGCCCAAGGACUACCGCCUGGGGGUGGCCUUCACGCUGGCCCAGCCCUACGGCUUUACCCGCAUCAUGUCCUCCUAUGACUUCGGCGACGACUCCGACGCCGGCCCGCCCCACCUCACGGACUACAGCACAGCGAGUGUGGUGAUCACUGGAGACAACCAGUGUGGUGGAGGAUGGGUCUGUGAGCACCGCUGGCCGUCCAUAUACAAGAUGGCACGCUUCAGGAACGCGAUGGUGACGAGCGACUGGUGGGACAACUACUACUGCGACGGCAACGUGGUGGCCUUCUCUAGGGGCAGCAGGGGAUUCUUCGCCAUGGUCAAGGCUGGUACAGUAGACCAGACGUUCCAGACAGGGAUGCCAGCAGGGACAUACGAGGACGUGGUGUCCUGCCAGAGUGUGACUGUCAACUCAGACGGCACCGUCCACGUCUCCAUCACCAACGAGGAGGAGCCCGUCUUUGCCAUCUGUGUUGACUGUGACUGUUCUGAGCCGCCCGUGGUCACCGCAACACCAGAACCUGACCGAACAACCACAACAACCACCACAACCCAGGGACCGACCGAGCCCAGCUACACUGACGGCAUCCACCGUACUGUGAUCUUCAUUCACAAACAGACCAACGACGGUCAAGACCUCUUCGUCAGGGGCGGCAUUGAUGGCUCUCGCCGACCAGGGUGCUCCCAGGACGCCGAGACUGACCCGUGUGCCAUCGACAUUACCACCAACUCCCUGGGCACGACGACCCACUACGACAAGUACAACUCGUGGAGGGAGGGCGACACCCGCCUUGACUGGAUGGGUGCCCAGGUGGGUCAGGGCACCUACGGCGGUCAAGCAGCUUCCGGAACACCGCUGGCCUGGACCUCCAGCACCCCAAGCAACCCUGGAUACCAGCAGCUCAACACGUACGGGGACCACUACUGGAUGGUCGACGUAGACAUGGACUGCUCUCAGACGGAGGACGGAUGGUUUGAGGUGAAGGCUUUCCUCACCAACACUGAUAACGGCUGGGAGGGAGACAUCAGCCAGAGCGGAGGGUGCUCGGGAACGGGCGGGGGUCGGGCGCCCUACACCACCAACAACCACUUGGGACGCUGCGGCUACGUCAACGUCUUCACCUUCGACUCCCCAGCUUGUACUGUCAACGAUUUCACCGAUUACUUUGACAUCUAAUAAACUACCAAGCUGA